AUGGCAGUCGUUCACGUUGUCGACAGAUACUUAGCAAACACAAGUCGUACCAGCUCGGCGGACGGCCUUGACGCGUGUGUCGGAGGACGAGCCGAAGGACAAUCCCAUGGUCUCAGGACGUCACUGAUGGACUCGUCGUCUGCAGAGCCGGACUCAAUUCCCGCACCCACCACUUCUUCUCUUCCUCCGCUCAACAUCGGCACCCGCCAUCACUUCGCCGGAUGCCUUCCCGAUCUGCUCACCGACACCCACGAUCUGCUCACCGACAUCCCUGACCUGCUCAUCGAUGCCCCACACGACCCCCUGCAGCCCUUGUUCUAUUUCCCCAGUGACACCGAUCCGCUCCGCACGCCUCUCUCCGACUUCGACGAGAACGAAUUCUGUCGCGACUACCCCAGCGGGCAACGUUCAGAUGGCUCGACCGUCAUACCACCGCAGCAAGACAGCUUCGCCGACCCUUACCUUUUCCCUCUGCUCGCGCGGAACGAGCUGAAGCGCCUCACAUCGCUCUGGUACUACACCAAGUUCAUCCAAAACGACCACGAUCUGCUCGCUCAACUGCAGGGCGCGGUCGAUGUCGUCCAUGACGUGAUGCAACAAGACUGUACCUUCCUCGGCCUGAUGGACAACGACAACUACACCCAUAUCGUCACCCACGACUGCCCGCUCUCCACCAUUCCCCGGCGGCAGGCGCCGUGCGCGCACACCAUCAUCCAGGAAUCCGACACCGUCUUCUCCCUCCCGAACAUGCUCGAAGACUGGCGCUUCGCCGCCUCGCCCUCCGUCGAGGCCGGCAUGCGCUCCUACGUCGGCACCCAGCUGCUGUACCGCCUGCCCGGCACGGACGUCGAGAUCGCCUUCGGCUCGCUCUGCGUCUCCUCCAACUCGCCACGGCCGGCGCCCACCGCGGUCCAAACCGCGACCCUCAAGCGGCUCGCGAAGACGAUGGUGCACAUGAUCGUCGAGCGCGCCAACAUCCAGCGGCGGAACGUCCAGGAGGAGAUGAUCGCCAAGCUCUCCCGUGCCCUUCCGAGCCUGAACCCCAGCAACGUCAUCGAGCGCCGGGUGGACGUCCUCCGCGAAUGCUACCCGAGCUGCCACGUGUCGUACCAGAUCCAACAGGACGACGUCGUCCGCCUCCGAGGCGGGAUCCGCGUGCCGUCCUCGCAGGUGCACGACUCGCUCUGGGAGGCGACCGACGCGAUCCUCAAGAUCAUCCUGCUGGACAACCACGUCCCGAUCCAUCUCUGGCGCCCGAACCAGGCCGUGCGCGCCAUCGUCGUCCGCGUGCCGUCGGCGGACGACGCGUACCUCGUGGUGGAGACGGACGACCUGAAGACCGUGUUCGACACCAUCGACGUCUCGUUCAUCGUCCAGUGCGCCAUGACCAUCUCGAACGUCGUCAUGAGCGCGGAUCUCGACGCGGCGGUCGCGUCCAAGGACCGGUUCCUCCGCGGCAUGACCCACGACCUCCGCACGCCCAUCCACGCCAUCAUCGCGUCCGCCGAGCUGUUGAGGGAGGGGACCGCGGACGGUGAACCGGCGUCACGUACGCCUGAAAGGGCGACAUCGCGACACAUGCUGGGGGUCAUAGAGGACCAGGGCAACCACCUGCUCACCAUGGUCAACAACCUGAUCCGCCUCAACCACCUCGGCAUCGCCGACCAGUACGACCUCAGCAAGUCCAUGCAAAGCCUCGCGGCCAUCGAGCAGAGCAUCGUGGAAGGAAUCACGGGCUCCGCCGCGUACGCGGAGCAGCGGACCGACGUCGCCGUCCUCGUCGAUAAUCAGCUCCCGCCGGCGGUGGAGCUGAUCCUCACGAACGCGGGCACCCUCGCCCUCGCGCUAGGCUCCCUUCUCGGCCACGCGCUCUCGACGACGGCCCGGGGCAGCGUCUGCCUCCGCACGUCCGUCCCGCCCGACCGCGCCUUCCUCGACUACGAGGUCACCGACACCGGGUCGGGCCUCGUGCCCAGGGACUGGGGCCGCAUCUUCCCGUCCGCCGAGCCGGCCGCACCCCCCGACGGGCACCCGCGCCUCGGCCUCGCGACCGUGUCCCGCAUCGCGAACGCGCUGAACGGCACGCUCGCGCUCGUCUCGUGCACGCCCGGCCAGGGCGCCCACUUCCGGCUGAGGCUCCACAAGCCCGUGCUCGAGCCCGAUGGGGGCCCGGAGAGCGCGCGGCGUCGGCUGAAGAAGGCGACCAUGCCGCUGACGUAUUGCGUGGUCGCCGGGGACGGGAGGAGGGGCGGCGUGUCGGAGGCGUACGCCGCGCGGCAGCUGGAGCGAUUGGGGUUCGUCGAGACUUUGAAGGACGGCGCGAGCAUCGUCCUUGACCAUGGUCGCGCCGAGCGGCUGGCUGUCGAACAGUCGGUGCACGAGUGGCAGACCGUACUCCUCCUCGUACACGAGGCCGCUGAGGGAGCUCGAGACAGCCAACGACCGUCCGACGACCCGCGGGUGCUCUGUUGCCCGUCACCGCUGUCUCGCGCGCGGCUCUGGGCCGUAGUCGAAGCGGCCUCGCAAAACUAUCGUCGACGGGGGUCCCUCCCCUCCGACGCGUCACCGGCGACGCGCACCUCUACCCCGUCCGCCGGCGACGCGCCCAGACCCGAUCGAUCGUCGAUCCGCCUGCUCAUCGUCGACGACAACGAUAUCAACGUGAAGAUCCUCGUCAUGUACGCCAAGCGCCGGGGGUACGCGCACGCCACCGCCCGCGACGGGCAGGAGGCCGUGGACCGGUUCGCGAAGGCGCUGGGACGCGGUGCGGCACCACCACCGGCGGCGGCGGCGGCGGGAACGGGCACGGUCGGGACGGCGUUUGAGCUCGUGCUGAUGGAUUUGCAGAUGCCGAGGAUGGACGGCGAGGAGGCGACGCGGAGGAUUCGGGUGCUGGAGCGGGACGCCGGGGCUCCGCCCAGCUUGGUGUAUAUCGGUCAGCGUCUCCGCGUUUUCGUUUUUUGCGCUGUUGUGAUGGGGACUCGGGUCGCUGAAGGAAAUGCCUUUUUUUGUUUUUUUUUGGAAACAGUGUCCGGCCAGAGCUCGGAUCAGGAUAGGACGCGUGCGUUGGCGGCGGGCGCGGAUGGGUACUACGUGAAGCCGUGCAGCAUGCGCUCUUUGGACGAGUUGAUCGCGCUGCGCUUCCAGGAUUGAACGCCGAGCGCGACUCUCUGAUUUGGCGGGCGUCAGCUGCCUGUUACGUCGCUGAGGAACCUCCGGGCGGCUCGUCCGCGUACCGUGGUCCUUUACCUUACUUGUGGGACGCAGGGAGGGCAAGCGGAGCCAUGGUGAUAAAAAGAAAAAGCGGUUCUGAGGCCAGGCAAGGCACGUUUCUCGUUUCGACGUGGCUUGAAGCUGACCCUCUAGCAUGCCGUUUCGUUACUGUUUAUUAUGAUUUCUUUCCCUUUGGGUUUCUCGGGCGGAUCCAGAGGUCGCGCAGCAUGGAUAUUGUAGCUUUAAGCAUGGCAUCUUGUACUCUUAAACAGCAUCGGGAAAUCACGACUGUAUUAUCC